AUGAUAUUUUGUAUGUGGUGGUUCCUCAGGAAGAAGGAGUUUAUGGAGGACGAUGGCAAUAAGAAAACCACUAACCAUGUGUUAGCAUUUGGCCAGUAUUGGAUAGACUUCAGGAAAUAUUGUGGACUUUCAAAGAAAGCGGAAAGCAUAUUCUAUCAGUCUGAUAUACCAAUGGAGCCAACUCUCUACAUGUGUUCAGUUUACAGUUCCAUAUGGGAGCAUGGUCAAGGGGAAGGUGCAAUAUGGAUAGACGGUGAAAGAGCUGUGCUGCAGAAUUUCAUUGCUUUCCCACCACCUUAAUAAAGAUGAAAUAAAAAAUGUAUUGAUAGUAAUUGAAAAAAUCGAAAAAAAUCGAAAAAAAUCAGUGAAUUACCAGCACCAUUUGUAACCCCGUGUUUAAAAG